AUGAGAAAAGAGUAUCAUGUGAUUUGGAGGAUUUGGAGUGAAAAUUGACAUAAAAAACAUUGUUUUGUUUACAAUUUUUCCAAGUGAAAAUUAAGCAUUUUUCCACCUUUCCUAGAGAAAAUGGCAUUUGAAAGUACAGGCAAAGAUUCACUGAAUGUCCAGGAAGAAGUUGAUGAGGAAGAGCCCCUGAGCCCGGAGGAGGAGCGAAAACGCAACAAAGAGACAUCAAUUGCCCUCUUGACACUCUUCUUCUUCAGCCUGUUGAUGUUCACCCUGCCUUUUGGGGCAUUCUACGGGAUGAGAGAUCUCCUGUCGACGCGCUUCCACAUUGAUGGCUUCGAAAAUACCUGUUGGUCCGUCUUAGCGGCAGUAAUCACAGUCAAUGCAAUCAUCAUUGGGUUUGUCUAUGUGGCAUUCAGGGAUACGGUGCGAGAGAUUGCCGAGGAUAACAGUAAACGACGAGAGGAGAAGAAAAAGAAGUGAAGCCAUCAGUUUUUUAUUUUUAUUAUCGCGCGACAAGAGAAAAAUUCCACACCCCAUUUGUAAUUCCAUUUAGGUUGAAUUAAAUUACACUCCACCACGGUAUUUGGCGUAAUUGUCUCACCGGA